CAUAACUCUUCCUGACUCUUCCAAACUAACCUUUCAUAUUUAUCAUGUGUUUUUGAAUGGUGUAAUAAAUUUGUACAAAAUGAAGAUUAAAAAACGGUCCAAUGCAAUUAGAAUUCCACCGAUUAAAAAAGCUAUAAAAGUUAUACGUAAAUCAUCAGAUGGAGAAGAGGAAUCAACAGUAUCUAAAGCGAUACAGAAUGUUAAAAAAGUUUUUGAGAAGAGGAAUGCGGAAAAACCGAAGCUGCUCUCAAGUCGAAAAAUAAUCAAGAAACGAAAGGUAUUUGUACCUGUAAAGGAGAAAACAGUUCGUGAAAGGAAAAUUACAAGAGGAAUCGUAUACCUGGGUCAUAUACCGCAUGGUUUCUACGAAGAACAAAUGACAGAGUAUUUCAAACAAUUUGGACAAGUAACCAGAGUACGAGUUACUCGGUCGAGAAAUACUGGCAGAAGCCGUGGUUAUGGGUAUGUGGAAUUCAUGCUUCCAGAUGUUGCAAAGAUAGCUGCUGAAACAAUGAAUAAUUACCUUAUGUGUGGCAGAUUAUUAAAAGCUACAUACAUACCACCUGAGAAACAGCACAUUCGCUAUUUUGCUGGUAAACCAUGGACAGAGGAGACUUAUCCUAAACUAAGAAAUAGAUCUAGUGUAACUGAAAUAAGGAACAAAGAUAUUGACCACAGAAAACAUUCAAGUUUUGUACAAAGCACAAAGGAUAAAUUAUCUAACUUAGAAAGAAAAUUGAAAGGGAAAGGUUUUGAUCUAAAAUUUACACCAGUGGAUGAUACAAAGUCGUAAUUAAUGUAUAAAUUUUAGUAUUACGUUUUUUAUUAAGCAAGAACUGAAGAAGUAAAUGUAUUUAAUUACUACUAGCUGUAUGGUUUUAUGCAAUACCCUAUUUACAGUUACAUUUUUAUAAAAUAAUAAAAAUUGAAGAAAGCUAUGUAUCAAGAAA